AUCAGGGAGAAAAUAGAGAAGCAGAAAAAAAGUGUAUGAAACUGAAACUAUUAUUUGAGAGAGAGAAAGAGAGUUCAUUCAACACUUCUUGUUUGUUUCCUCUUCAGCGCUUCCUUAUAUGCUCAAUCAUCCACCACCCUUAGCUAUCACAACUUUGAAGCCAGAAUUCUUCUCAUAUUUCCAAAAUGGAGUUUAAGCAACAUGAGGAAACUGAGUUGAGGAUGCCCGCAGCAACAACGAGUUACGACGACUUCGGAAUACCACCUUCAAGUCAAGGCGAAGAGGAGCCAACGGCGACGGCGAUACCAGUGGCGAUUCCAAUGACCCCAACACCACCCACCCUGGCUCAAAACAACGACAAUGAGAAGUAUCAUGAGUGCCUUAAGAACCACACCGUCAAAACUGGCGUCCACACACUUGAUGGAUGCAUCAAGUUCUUGCCUCUAGGCGAGGAGGGAACCCUGGAUGCGCUAAAAUGCCUCACGUGCAACUGCCACCGAAACUUCCAUCGUAAGGAGACCCCCAAUUACACCUACCUGGUGCCUUACUACCGCCACUCGUCGUUGCCGUUGGCAGCGUACUAUGGGGAGCAGGUGGGCUACCCCCAUGUGCAAGGGCAACAAUGCACCACACUGGCACUCCCCUCCAGGUCAAGGGGCAUUGGUGGGGCCCAGUCCUCGAGGGAGGACAUGGAGGCAGUGUCAGACCCAACGAGUGGUGCCACUCCUCAUGGCGGGUCCAGCAAGAAGCGUUUCAGGACUAGGUUCACCCAAGAGCAAAAGGAGAAGAUGUUGGCCUUUGCAGAAAAGCUUGGCUGGAGGAUUUUGAAACACGAUGAGAGUGCUGUGCAGGAGUUUUGUGCCCAAACUAGCAUCCAACCUCAUGUGCUUAAGGUGUGGGUGAACAACAACAAGAACACCUUAGGUAAGAAGCUCUAGACAGAAAAAAAAAUCCAGCCCCGUUACCUCUCUCUCUAUAUAUAUAUAUGUUUCUCUGUUUUAAGUUACCAUAAUAGCAACCACCAUUCGCCUCUAAUUGUUUCAUUGUCAUGCUCUCUUUACAAUCCAAAAUCAACACAACUGUUCAAGGUUGAGAUAAAUUUGUGCUUUAAGAAUAUAAGUACUUAUGCACUAAUCGUAAUUUGUACUUUUGUUUCCAAUCUCUGCACUUUUAUAACAUGGUUUAUUUUCAUGUCA